AUGCCCAGCACUUCCCCUCAAAAGAAACGGCACCUUCGUAGCCGUGUUAGAGCACUAGCACUGGCAGACGCCAAUGCCUUGGUCAAUGACAAUAUCCGCAACUCCAAGAAGAAAGAAGAAGAAGAAGAAGAAGCAGAAGAACAAUCUAACAUUGAUGAUCAACAUAGAUGGGACGAUUGGGUACCGCAAGAUCGAGUAAUGAAGUUUAACGAAGAUAAUAAAGAACUUGCAGCUCAACUAUUUCAAGAGAUGAAGAAGUUGUAUCAAAAGCCAAAAUCAGCAACAACAACAACCUCGGCAGGUGGAAAGAAACUUGUUGGUGGAAAUCGAACAAAUGAAUCGGAUUUUGGUUCGGGUCGUGGUAGUGAAGAGAGACAUGCCAGUGUCGCUGCUCAAGGAGGUGGUGGAAGAGGAGGUCCAAGAAGAAAUCGUGAUUAUGAUCUAGAACAAGUAAGUUACUAA